UACCAGGAACGGGAAGGCGGGACAUUCUUAAUCACGUGUCCAACGUUUGUGUUUCGGGCUUUAGCCGGUUCAGAACUGGUCCUAGUGCGACCUUCUUCACGUGUCCUUAGCCGCCCAUUAAGGAAGCAGAAGUUGACCAGGCUGCUGGUUCGGUUACUAAGGAUUUCAGGGAGUUUUCCCUGUUUUACCUGCAGACCCCAGGGAUUACAGCUGGCCCGUUCUGCACGCAAAGCAUUGAGCAGUGCCCUGAGGUGGAGCUACCCUUCGCGGCAGCCAUGGAAAAGGGGCUGUUCUCAAUUGAAGCAGCGGGAAACGGGGAGGAGCAGCAGCUUACAACUCAUGAGCCUGAGGAAAGCGAAGAGAGCUGUGAAGGCCUCUGGGAGCUGCCCGUGGAGCUCAGCACGCGGAGACCGGAGUGCGGCCGCUGCGGUCGUCCUCAAAAGGUGUGCCUGUGUCCAUUCUUGCCAGUUCAUCCUUUGAAAGUCUCCACUUGUUUGUACAUUAUUCAGCAUCCAGCAGAGGAAAGUAGAGUGCUACGAACGGUACCUCUUCUAACUGCUUGUCUUCCUGAAGACAAAUGUAAAGUCUUGAUUGGCCGACGCUUCAGUGAAGACAGGUACCCUGAAUUAGCAUCUAUAUGCAGAAAUUCAAAUACCUUAAUAUUGUAUCCUGGAGUUGGAGCAACAAAUUUGGAAGAAAUGGAUUUGAGUUCCACUAAUUCCUAUGUGAUCAUAAUCAUUGAUGGAACAUGGAGUCAAGCAAAAGAUAUAUUUUUAAAGAACUCCCUUUUUCAAAUGCCUAAGCAGGUACAGCUGAAAACCAGCUUUUCAAGUCAGUACAUAAUUCGUACCCAGCCCACAAAUGCAUGCCUGUCCACACUUGAAUGUGCAGCUAUUGCCCUUGCCAUCAUGGAAAAAAAUGAUGUUAUUAAAGAGACUGUACUCCGUCCUCUUCAAGCUCUUUGUGCUUUCCAGAUCCAGCAUGGUGCCCAGGUCCAUCACAGCAAGGAACAUCUUCUUAAGAAUGGUUUAUAUGACAAACCAAUGCCAAAAAAUAAACGCAAGCUCAGGAGAAUGGAACUUUUAGUGAAUAAUGUUAAAAUUUAGGAGUGCCAUAUAGAUUUAGUAUUAAAGAUUUGUAUUCCUUUUAGCUAAUGAAGUGGAGUUGAUUAUAGGUUUCAUCCAAAUAAUCAUCUCCUAAAAUGAAAAAAAUUCAUGUGGCUCUCUGCCCAUUGUUCAAGGAUGAUACAAAAACAAAAUGCCUGGGAAGCUUUGUUGUAUACCAUCCAGAGUCGCCUGUGGUGAGAUGGGCAGCUAUAUAAAUUGAUUUAAUAAAUAAAUAAAUUUCUGCUUGCAUUUUUCAAGACAAUGAUAAUGAUAAAGAUGCAGCAAGAAAGAAUAUACCAUUUCUUUCUUUUUUAUUUUUAUUUUUUUGCUUUGACUUUAAAGAGUAAUAAUGAAACCAUAAUUUGAAUUUUUCCCCUUAAUUUCUUAUUAAAGUGGACAUAUGUAAUAUAAAUAUUGAUGUGGCAGGUGUAUAUUGGUACUGUAAGUCAUGGAAAUCUUUGUAGACACAAAAAUCCAGAAUACCUGCUUUCUUAACUUAAAUAACAGUUAACAACUUGUUUUGAAAUAAGUGUAUUUUGGGGCCUAGGUUUCCUGUAUCAUUAAAGCCUGGCAAAAAACAGACAUUUUAAUCUUAAAACAGUAAGCAAAAAAAGAAUAUGGGACAUCCUGCUUUUUCUAUGAGACUACUAACAGACCAUGGCAACUGAAUACAUGAAAGCACAAACUUUUAUAGACAUAGCUUGCUGGAUUAUGGUGAUUACAUUCUAUUUUUUUCUUGGUGGCAUUGUUUUGUUUAUGUCAGAAGAUUAUAUUUUUAUAUAGAUAGUACAUUUUUAUCCAUGUUCAGGACUGUUGUAACAUAAAUUAAAAAUUAAGAAGAUGAAAAAUAA